GCAGGGCAGGACCGCAGAGCUGUCAGGCACCGGCAGGCACCGGCAGGCACCGGCACGGACGACGGCAGUCGCGGAGGCUGGCAAGGCAAGGCAAGGCGCCUGAAUGUAGGCACUCUCUCUGCGGUGCUGCCAUUGUGGCGGCGUCCACUGCGACAGCUGCAACCUGCAACGUGGCGUUGAAGCGAGGCAGCCCGGCCAAGUCAGUGCCUCCCGUCAUCCCAAUCCCAAUCCCCACACCACCAAGUCUGCCGCUGAACCGGUCCACCAUCGGCGAGGUGAGCCUGCGACGCGCCCACUUGACGAGCAGGACGGUGACAGUGCGACAUUGCCCUACUCCAACGCGCCGCUAUGGCCUCUGUGGUCCAGACAGUGUUGGGGCCAGUGGACGCUGGCAAGCUUGGACGAACUCUCACGCAUGAGCAUUUGUCAUUGAACUUCGAUGAAUUCUACAUACCGCCCCCGCCCACUUUGAAGCCGUUCAUAGAAAAAAGCCUGUGUCUUGAGAACAUUGGUUUGGUCAAGCAGUACCCGUAUGGAAGCCGAGAGAAUCUUGCUUUCUAUGGAAAUGAAGUUGAUGCUGCAGUAUUAUUUGAUAUUGAGCUCUUUAAAUCUGCUGGAGGUGGGACCAUUGUGGAAAAUACAAGCCAUGGAAUUCAACGAAAGAUUAAACUCAUGGAAACCGUUAGCCGUCAAACAGGAGUGAAUAUUCUGGCUGGAUGUGGAUACUAUGUUGAGAACCUUCAGCCUGAGAGUGUCCGCUGCAUGAGAGAAGAAGAGUUAUACAACUCUAUCAUAACAGAGAUGACAGUAGGGUGUAUCGACUACCCCAGUGUUAAAUGUGGAUUUAUUGGAGAGGUGGGCAGCGUAUGGCCAAUUACAGACUUUGAGAAACGGGCCAUUCGAGCUACAGCCCAAGCACAAAACACUCUUGGAUGCGCUGUUACUUUUCAUCCAGGCCGGCAUAACAAGGCUCCAUUUGAAAUCAUGCGCCUCUAUUUGGAGGCAGGAGGCAAAGCAAAUCGAGCCAUUAUGUCCCAUUUGGAUCGUACAUUUGAUGAAAAGCAGCACUUCCUUGAUUUUGCUGAGCUAGGUUGCUUUUGUCAACUGGACUUAUUUGGCACAGAAUGUUCAUGGUACCAGCUAAACCCCACCCAGGAUAUGCCAUCCGAUGCUCAGAGGGUGGAAAUAUUUUCAUGGUUGAAAGCUGAGGGAAAAAUCACUCAACUUCUUGGGUCUCAUGAUAUUCACACCCGACAUAGACUGGUGAAAUAUGGAGGACAUGGUUAUUCACAUCUUUUUACAAAUGUGGUACCAAAAAUGUUACUGAAAGGGUUCAGUCAGCAAGAUGUUGACACCAUUUCUAUUGAAAACCCAAAAGCAUGGCUAAUUGGUCACAGAGUAUGAAGCUAAAGCUAUACUGUACUCAGUAGAAUUAUUGGAACUAUGUUGAAUGCUUCAGGAGUCAUAUAUGUAACAUAGGAAGAGGAGGGUCAGGGAAAUUAAUAACAGCAUCAGUUGCCUUGAUGAUAUAGCAAUCUUUUUAUUUGUUAAGUUUGACAGUAGAAGAAUACAUAGAAAUAUAUUUUUUAGAGAGUUAGGUAAGAAAAUUUCAUUUUCAAGAACAACCUAAACUUAAAAGGGGAACAUGUAAGUAACAGUCCUUAGAAAUUUCUACAUUUAGCUCAAUUGAAGUACCUAGUUCAAGGGGUCCAUAUUAUGCUUCACAAUUUUAAAAAAUUUGGCAGACGUGUAAGAAUACAUAGAUAAGGCUUAAGUGUUUGGCUUCUGGACGAGGAUUGGUCCCGACAGUCUCAAUUUGCAUGCACUGUGCAAACCAAAAACUCUACCACUCCUUAACUCAAUAAGAGAAUAAAAGACAAAUGUUGAAACGCA